AUGCAGGUGUAUGAUCAAGUCAAGGCCACUGAAGAAGACCUGGCAGACAUUGUAGAGUAUGAGGCAGGAGCAGACAACCAAGUGCCAACUCCCGCAAAACCUCUGCCCCUACAAAUGUUUCCAGAACUCGUCAAGGUGCUUGCAGGAGCUUUAAGUGACAACAGAAUUCCAGUUCCUGAACCUGCAGUAUUCGGUGGGGAUCUAUUGAAAUACAAAGACUGCCUCGGUCGCACCUACAUCCAGGCUUCAACUACUGGCAGCCUGGGCCCUGGUUUCCUCACUCCACAGGCCAAGACAAUCCUCCAUUUGAAUGGCAAAAUUCUCAGCCAUAACAACUCCAAAGAACCGACCAAGACUAAGCCCACUAUAACUAAACCCACCAAGACUAAGCCCACUAUAACUAAACCAACCAAGACUAAGCCCACUGAAACUAAACCGACCAAAACCAAACCGACUAAAACUAAGCCCACUAAAACUAAGCCCACUAAAACUAAGCCCACCAUAACUAAACCAACUAAAACCAAACCGACCAAGACGAAGCCCACUGAAACUAAACCGACCAAAACAAAACCGACUAAAACCAAACCGACCAAGACUAAACCGACCAAGACUAAACCCACCAUAACAAAACCGACUAAAACCAAACCGACCAAAACGAAGCCCACUAAAACUAAGCCCACUGAAACUAAACCGACUAAAACUGAACCCACCAAGACUAAACCCACCAAAACAAAACCAACCAAGCCCACCAAAACUAAACCGACCAAGACUAAGCCCACUAAAACUAAACCGACCAAAACUAAGCCCACUAAAACUAAACCGACCAAGACUAAGCCCACUAAAACUAAACCGACCAAAACUAAGCCCACUAUAACUAAACCGACCAAAACUAAGCCGACUAUAACUAAACCAACAAAGACUAAGCCCACUGAAACUGAACCGACCAAAACAAAACCGACUAAAACCAAACCGACCAAGACUAAACCCACCAUAACUAAACCAACCAAGACUAAGCCCACUAAAACUAAACCGACCAAAACUAAGCCCACCAAAACUAAACCCACCAAGACUAAGCCCACUAAAACUAAACCGACCAAAACAAAGCCCACUGAAACUAAACCGACCAAAACAAAACCGACUAAAACUAAACCGACCAAAACAAAACUAAACCCACCAUAA